AUGAUAAAAUCUCUUAAGUGUAUUAAAUGUUAAUUGGAGACAAAAGAAAGUGCAUCUUAUAAAGCAAAAUGUGGACAUCUAUAUUGCAAUAAAUGUAUUGACCAGAUAACUGCUGAAGGAGGUUCAAAUUGUUCAGAAAAACAAUGCUCUUAUUUUCUAAACAUAUCAGAUCUAAUGAGCAGGCAAAUGCAAAAACUAACAGGAAGCAAUCAAAUGGUAUUUGGGAAAUAGAUUACAAUUUUUUAAGGAGAUUCUAAAAAAAUGAGUAUAAUAGCUAUUUAUUAUAGCAUCACCUUCUUAAUAAAAUAAAGCAACAGCUAUAAAAUAAAAUAAUCAAAAUUCCAAUACUCCAAUAAAAUAAUAAAAAAAUACUCAACCUAGAAGAUCAUUUUAAGAACGUUCCCCUGUUGUAAUUUAAACAAAAUCUAAAUCUCAAAUGCAUAAAAUAACAGAUAAGGUAUUACAAUAAUAAAACAGUACAAAGAUUUUUCAACCAAAAUAAUAGCAAACUUAAUAAAGAUAAUAAUAAUAACAAUAAUAAUAAUAACAAUAAUAAUAAUAACAAUAAUAAUAAUAACAAUAAUAAUAAUAACAAUAAUAACCAAAAGUAAUUCAAUAAUAACAAAAUUAAUAAAUAAAAUAAUUGAUAUAACCUAAUUAAAUAUAACCAUAAAAAUAAGAAAUUAAUAUUGAGGAUAGAAUGACUGAAUCUAUCUAAUAUAAAUGUGAUUAUUGCAAUACAAAUAAUUCUGGAUUAUUUCAUAAUGAAAUAUGUGACCAUAGGUUAUGUUAUGAUUGUAUCUAAAAAUAUUAUGAGGACUUCUGUGUCUGUUUUGUUAAGGAUUGUGGUUGGUAAAUCAAUUAGGAAUAAUUAAACUAAUUCAUGUUAACUUAUGUUACCUUUCAAUUAAAUGAAGUUGAAGAAAUCAAAUUAAAAAGACAGCAGUCUUCAUCUGAUCAAUAAGAUAUUCUAAUUAGCAAAUUUUAAUUUGAAGAAGUCACUUUAUAACAUAUGUAAAUCUCAAAUAUGAAUGAAUUCAUAAAAACUUUUGAUGAACUCAAAAUUAAGGAAAAAAAUUAUAUUGAUCUCAAGUUUGGUCCAAAUGAAAAAAGUGUUGGGUCCAAUUACACUGUCACAUGGUAGAGAUUGAAUGUUAUUUUUAAUGGAGAUUAUUAAUUUUUUGCAAAAUCAAAUGAUAAUAAAAGGUUUGGAUUAGGAAAGUACAUAGGUCCACAAGAUAUAAUAUAAGGGUAAUUAGGAAAUUGUUAUUUGUUGGCUUCAAUAUCUGCAUUGGGAAAUAGAAGACCUGAUUUAUUAUUAGAUGCUUUUAUAACAAGAGCAAUAAAUGAAUAAGGAAUAUAUUGUAUAAGAUUAUGUAUAGAUGGUAUAUGGAAGGCCAUAUAUGUUGAUGAUUAUUUCCCAGUCUAUCCUAAUUUAACUCCCAUUUUUACUAAAGCUAAAAAUAAUGCAAUCUGGGUCAUGGUAUUGGAGAAAACUUGGGCAAAGUUAUUUGGGUCUUAUCAAAAUAGCGCAUCAGGUUCUAUGUAAGAAGUGCUAAGAGCUUUAACUGGUGCACCAACAGAAGUUAUCUGGACUCAAUCUCCAGAAUUUAUUGCUUAACUUCGAAAAUGCCUUGACAAUAGAGUGAUUAUGGUUGCAGCUACUUAGAGUAGUGACAUUCAACCAAUUACAUAAGGAUUGGUUCCAAAUCAUGCCUAUUCUGUUCUUAAAAUCAAAUAAAUAAAUCAUCCAAAAAGAGGAUAAGUGGAAUUGUUGAAAUUAAGAAAUCCAUGGGGAAGAAAGGAGUGGACAGGAGAUUGGGGAUAAGAUAGUCCAUUAUGGACUCCAUAAUUAAGAUAGGAAUUAAAGUUAGAUAUAGAAGAUUCAGGUGUAUUUUAUAUGGAUAUUGGAUCAUUCAUGCAAUAAUUUAGAGAUAUCCAUAUAUGUCAUGUCAAAUAAAAUUAUUAAUAUUGUGCAACUUAAAUCAAAACCAAUAAAAAAAAGGCUGUAUACUAUUCUUUUAAAAUUACAAGGGAAGGAGAUUAUUACAUUACUAUAAAUUAAAGAAAUCAAAGAUGGGCAGGUAAUCCUAAAUAUAGUAAUGCCAAACUACUUAUUUGUAAAAAAGAAGAAAACAAUACAUAUACAUAUAUAGCUGGUAAACUUAGUUAAUUUGGUGAAGUAUGGUGUAAAUGUACUUUAACAAAGGGGGAAUAUAUAGUUUUUGCUAAAGUUUUUUGGGAAUAUCAUUAAGAAUUUUUCUUUGUUCUUUCUUCUUAUGGUGUAGAAAAAUUAGAAUUCAAAUAAAUUAAAAAAGUUCAAGAAAUGUUAUCAAGUGUUUUCAUUAAAAAAGGAUUUCUUUAAUAACCCAAACGAAGUUAUGACACAAUGGGAUAACCAAAGAUACAAAGUUGUUAUAAUUUAGAUAGACUGGAUGGUUGGGGUUAUUAUUUUAUUGACAAUUAAUCAAAUGUUAAAUUAAUUAGUAAAAUAUCCUUCCAUAAAUUUUAUGGAUUACGAUUUUGUAAACCUCAUAGAGGAGUCACACUCAAUAUUGAAUUGCCCCCUGGGAAAUAAUUUAUAGCUGUAAUCAAAGUGCUAUCAGGAUAUGAAAUAGAAUUUACUCAAAAGGUUCAAUUUCAACAAUGA